CUUCCUGACUUUAGUUACCGCCAAACUUUAAACACCAGGCAGCCUUUCCUCCCUGCAGCAGCUGCAGUGCCCGCUCUAAUCAACAAGGAAGACUUAUUUAUCCGCAGAAAAAUGUCUUUUACUCCGAAGAGGCCGUGCCCCGACCCAAUGAACGACUCCCUGAACGACUCAAUGGAGAAGAGGAUACGGCGGAUAUCUAUCGAGGGAAACAUUGCGGCGGGCAAAUCUACCUUUGUGCGCCUUUUGGAGCAGGAGAGCGGGGACUGGGAGGUGGUACCAGAGCCAAUCGCCAGAUGGUGCAAUGUCCAAACAAAAGGCAGUGACUUUGAGGAGCUGACCACAUCUCAGAGGAGUGGAGGGAAUGUCUUGCAGAUGAUGUACGAGAAACCGGAGAGGUGGGCCUACACUUUCCAGAGCUACGCCUGCAUCAGCCGGGUGCGUGCUCAGAUCAGGUCGGCCAAUGGGAAGCUCAGAGAGGCUGAGAAUCCUGUGCAGUUCUUCGAGCGUUCCAUCUACAGUGACAGGUACAUCUUUGCAGCCAACCUCUAUGAGAGUGAAUGCCUGAAUGAGACAGAGUGGUCUGUCUACCAGGACUGGCACGGCUGGCUGCACAGCCAGUUUGGCAAGCACAUCGAGUUGGAUGGUAUCAUCUACCUCAGAGCUUCUCCGAAGAGAUGUUUAGAGAGGUUGCACCUGAGGGGCAGAGAGGAAGAGCAAGACAUCCCUCUGGAAUACCUGGAGAAACUCCACUUUAAGCAUGAGAGCUGGCUGCAGCACAAGACCAUGACGAUGGAGUUUGACUAUCUCAGUGAUGUGCCAGUCUUGACCAUGGAUGUAGAAGAAGACUUUAAGGGGAAUAAAACAAAGAAAGCCGACAUGAUUGAGAAGGUAAAGGAGUUCUUGAGCACGUUGUGAACAUCACUUGAUGGGAAACAUAGACAGUGCCUGAAGAAUAAAGACCAGAUGGAGUGUUUUACACCAAUGAAAUGACAAUUAGUUUUUUGUUUUGUUUUUUUACAUACGUGUAUAUACACAUAUAUUCCGUACGAUCAUCACAUGAUCUGACCUGAAGGAAUUUUAAAAACUUUUAUUAGUGUUUUCUUACAUCUUUUUGUAUUUAUAAAUGUUUUGUUUGCAAAUGCAUGUGUAUAGGUCCUCACAAAUGACAAUAAACUUGAAAUACUUACAUCA